UCCCUCCCUCCUUCCCUCCUCUUCAUCUUCUGUUCCUUGGUAUCGCCAUUGUUCUGUCUCUCUAUUUCUCUUCACUUCCCUUUUCGCGCCCCCUGUGCUAUGGUUGUUGUGCCAUGGCUUCGUCCGCCGUCCCCGCUCCCUUGUCCAACGCUGCCGUUGCCUCCUCGUCGGAGCGCUCCUCCAUGGGAGUUAUGGCUUUCGCCUCCAUCCUCGCCCAACAGCCCUGUCCUCUUUCCCGCUCCUCUGCCCCCGCUCCCUGGGCUAUGCUCACCGCUGUCUCCGCCAAUGCCUGCAAACGUCCCCAGGGAUCUCACAUCAUGUUGCACAACUCGGACCACGUUUUGGGUCGCACUGUCAAAGAGGUCAGCUGCCAGUUUAAUUCCCCCAAUGUCAGUGGUCGGCAUUGCACCAUUUCACGAAGAUAUUUAGGUGAAGAUGGAAGAAUCUUGUCCACCAACAAUAUUACCAAUGCUGCUACCGAUCGACUGGUAGGGUGCAUAAGAGACUCGAGUUCCAAUGGAACCUUUGUCAAUUUCCAAAGGUUGCAGAGGAACGGCGAGGAAGUUCAGCUUCGACAUGGAGAUGUUAUAUCCUUAGUAAGUACGCCAGAGGACGUCACUGCUUUUGCAUUUGUCUUCCGGGAGGUAUCUGAUUCCACAAUCGGACCUGUGCCACUUCCAUCUAUCCCACCUAGCGAGGCUGACGGACCAUCCAACAAGCGGAAGGGCUCUCCCCCUGAUGAUGGGGUAACAAUUGGUGGGGAUGGAAAGCGUAUCAAGGGCCUUGGCAGUGGUGGAGUUUCUGGUCCCAUCAUGCUCAAUGAUGUUCGCCAAUUGCAACGUUCAAAUGAAGAGCUAAGGCUCCAAGUGGAGGCCUACAUGCUGGAGGUUGAGAAGAUGCGCUCUGAGUAUCGGAGUGCUGAGACUCGUCAUGCUUCUGAGUUGAAGGAUUUACAAACAACAUUAGCAGAGAAGUUCAAUGCCCAACUGGAGGAGUUGAAGAUAUCUCUUGCCACCAAAGAGUUGGAUCUUGAAACAAGUUCAGCAGUACGUUUACAACAAGAAAGUUGUAUUGAGCUCCUUGAACAACGACUUGCUUCUGAAGCUAAAUCUCGAGUUGAUGCUGAAGAAGUUAUAGACGGUUUAAAAAUGAGGAUGGAGGAGCUUCAAAGAUGUCUCGAAGAUGAGCGGUUCAAGAUUAGUAAAGAACGGGCAGAUGCAGAAGCUAGUUUAAGGGCAUCUUUGGACCGAAUCCGAAUGGAAGCUGCAGAGGAGCUGAAACGCCACGAGGAAGCAGCCGCUCGUCAGCUUGAGCAGCAAAAUAAUAUCAUCGUAGCUCUUCAGGAAGGGGAAAAGGAGUACCGUAUGGCUGCUGAAAUCUCGCGCAAGAAGCUUGAUUCGGAAAGGGGUGCCGUUGUUGCUGCAGAAGAUAGGGCUCGGCGGUUAGAAUCUCAACUUCAGGAGGAAAAAGCUUUGAGCUUAUCAGCUCAUAAUAGAGCAGCUGAAAUUGAAGAUAAACUUCGGCAGACAAAUAGAGAGUUGGAAAAUGAGAAGACAGCAAAGGAGGGUGCCCUGGCAAAGAUUGCGAGGUUGGAAGUGGAGAUGGAAGCAGCAUCCAGGGAUCUUAAACUGGAAAAGCAACGAUUGCAAGGUGCACGAGAACGAAUUGUCCUUCGCAGAGAAACUCAACUGCGAGCAUUUCAUUCCACCGCCGCAGAAAUAGCUGAACUGCAGCAGAGGCAGCAGGACCAGCUAUCAACGAUGAUUCGAACUCUUGAAGAUGGUGACAGUGAUAAUGAUUACGACCAUACUAAUGUUCCAAAUGUUCGUAUAAGAAGUCCGUACGCUAAAGCACAUCCAGGUCCUGUACAUUACUCUGAGCACCAAAGCAGCAAGCGAAUGGAGGAAUUGCGAGGAACAUCUCCAAAUACAUCGGGGGAUCGGCCCAUGCAAAUUUUUAGGGGCGGAGAGAUUGGUACCAAGCGCAUUCUAGUUCAUGUUGACGAGAGUAGCGAAGAAACUGAUACCUAUGAUGAUACCGAUGGAGAUACUCAACAAGCGGACUGUUCCAAAGCUUCCCAAUCUGCUAUACGGUCCUCGGAUGUCUAUAUCCCUCCUACACAAGUCCUAAAUGUUGGAAAUGUUUCGGCACCCACUUGCGUGCAGACUGGACAUUCUCAGCACAUGCUUGAGGGUGAAUUAUUGCAAAUAACAAGCGGUGAAGUCGGAGAUACUCGGCUAGAGAAUGGAGAAGUUGGUUCCAUUCAGACUGCAAAUGCUGAUUUCGGGUGUACGCAGCUACUUCAUCAAGAAACUAAAUUGGAAGGUCCAUCUCCGAGAGCUAGGUCUGGAGGGGUUGGUGCUAAUGAGGACCGUAGCACUAGUCAGGAUGGUGCCCCGACACUUCACAGAGAUGAAGGUGAACCUAUCAUAGAAGAAACUGCACGGCCUGAUCAUGCGGGACUUCGUACCGGGUAUUUGCUAGACAAUACGGAGCGAUGGGAAGAUAGCGCGGAUGAUCGAAGGAUUUCUCUUGCAACAUUACGAGCAGGGUCAACAUGUAAAGAGGACGCUAGAGACGUCAGAAGGUGUCGUAGAGAUUCCUUGUGUACAGCAGAUCUUAUCGCAUCAGAGGUAGCUGGGAGCUGGGCAAUAACCACGCCUGCUUCAGAUCAUGGGGAAUCCGACUCUUCCAGUGCUGAACGUGAUUGCGCGAAGGAAGAGUGUCGGAGGAUCAGUGAUGAUGGAGCAGAAUAUGCUGCAAGUCAAGUUGCCACGAAUAGUAUUGCUGGAGAUAAACAUCCCGAAGGAAAUGCAGCUUUCAAGGGAGGAAAGAUUCUCAAUGAAGGAGACUUUAAUAUGGAUGUAGACAUGGAUAUGAGUCAGACAGCACCCAAACACGCUGGCGCCGAGCUGCGUAGAUUACGAGAGCAUGAAGUUGUCAAUGAAACGCUCAAUAUAGCCACACUAGGCUUUGAUAACUCGUAUGUUCACGGCAGAGAUACUGUGAUGGGUAAUGACGAUUCUAGUGACACAUGCAGCACGGAGGAUACCAGUCGAGAAGAGGGUGAGAUUGGAGCAUCCCAGCUUCGAGAAUCGGAGCCUGUUUCCCCGCUCAUGUAUGUGCCGUAGUUUGUUGUCGCCGUUAUUUCAUGCUCUUCUCUUGAGUAAUUUACGCUUGAGUUGAUUGAUUUCAAGUAUCAAAAUACUGCUCCCUUUGUUUAGGUUCUUUUUCGUUUUUCUUUUGUUCCUUUAUUUACUUUUUUCAUUUCCAUUUUAUUUUUUUACUUGCAAUCGUAGCAUUGGUUUACACAUUCGGUUUACCUGUGGUCAUCCGAGAUAACUUUCAUGUCCGACACCCUAAUGUGCUAAAUGAUAGAUGGAAGAAACUUCAAGAGAAACACGUGAAAGGCAUAAAUAUUUUUUCAGACCAUCUCCAGAAGGGGACUCUGUGACGACAUCUAGCUCGUUUGUAUUAUGGGGAUGGACUUGGAUGGAUGUCCAUCAGCCUAAACCCUUAAUGCUACCCGCUUGCAUAGUA